UGCAGCACAUCCGCCCGCCCCGCCGUCGUCGCCCUCCGUAUCGGCGCCUCUCCCCCUUCUCUCUUCCUCUGGAACCUUCUCGAUGCUUCUCACACGAAGGUUCUCCUCCGCCCUCGCCCGCUCCCCCCUCCUCCCCAGGUCGCUCCCUCCUCCACGGGCCGUGCCCGCCACCCCUCCUGCGCCCCGCCCGCCGCCGCGCCGCCUCAUGUCCUCCUCCUCCGGGUGGCACCACUCCUCCCGCCCCCCGCCGCCCCCACCACCCCCCUCUGGUGCCGACAAGGAUCAGCUCUUCCGGGGGCUGGAGGCGGCGCUCGGCACGGCGUUCAGCUCGGAGCCACUGGCACCGCCGCCACAGCCGAUGAUCCUCGUCAUCAGUGGGCCCAGCGGCGUCGGCAAGGACGCUGUCAUCAAGAGGCUGCAAGAAGAGAGAGAGGGGAUGCAUUUUGUUGUUACUGCGACAAGCAGAGCGAAGCGGCCUGGUGAAGUUGACGGGAAGGACUAUUACUUUGUCACCAAGGAUGAUUUCCUUGCGAUGAUUGAAAGGGAGGAAUUGCUUGAGUACGCACUUGUUUAUGGAGAGUAUAAGGGGAUUCCCAAGCAACAGAUCCGCGAUUACAUGGCAAAAGGUUAUGACAUUGUCUUGAGAGUGGACAUUCAAGGGGCAGCAACUUUGAGAGAGAUUCUUGGCGAAUCUGCAAUUUUCAUCUUUUUGGUUGCAGAGAGUGAAGAGGCACUUGUCAAAAGGCUAAUUCACCGCAAAACAGAAACAUCAGAUAUGCUUCUUGUCAGAAUUGCAACAGCCAGAGAGGAGGUGAAACGCAUGAAAAAUUUUGACUAUGUGGUUGUCAAUUCUGAAGGCAAUCUUGAGGGGGCUGUUAAACAGGUGGAGUCUAUCAUUGAUGCUGAGAAGGCUAAGGUUCACAAACGUACGGUAAAUAUAUAAUCAAUGCUCAUGAGGCGCAUGCUCUAACUGUCUGGAGGAAAACUACCUGGUAUUCUUAAUAAAGUUCAAAUUCGAACUAUUAUGGAGGAAAUUGCCACUGACAAUUUGACUUGACUCUUUACAAAAAAGACAAUUUGACUUGACAUGGCAAUUCACUGGAAUUAAAAAUACUGAGGAUCCUGAUAUCGAAAGUGGCUCUUGACAGCAACUGUUUGUGGGUAGAGUAGGCCCUUUUUAUUUAUAUGUUUUCUGUAUUUUAUUGUAUUUUCGAAUAUUAUAAACCAACUGUGUAGGAUGAAUACUUAUACUAUCGAUAUUUUCUUUGCCAUAUUUGAUACUCCUUCGAUUCGUACUUCCAUUUCAUAA